AUGAAGGCGCCCAAGUUUAUGUUUAUCAAUAAAACUGCCGACUCCGAUUCUCUUUCCCACAGUCACAAGAGUGAAAGAAUAAAGAUCCACAGCCACGUCCAGAAGGGACGGCGGUACAAGAAAUCCGACGGAGGGAUCGUUUAUGCUGCCCCGUUUCCGCGCCUUCAGCCCGGACGACGAGUUGGUGACUUGGACGAGGGCCAGGAUCAACCCAACCACGACAAAAACCACAUUCCCAAAUCUCCGACACAGACUGCCUCUGACCUGGCAUAUUUCCGGUCAGCGUCGUCGAUACCUUGCUCUGGCGACCAGUCCUUACUGCCCCUAGAUCCAAAUAUUGAUCCGUUGCUUUGGGACUAUUCACAACCGUAUCUCACACCAUCAGGUUCCCCUCAAUCCAUCCCAGUUUUCCCUGCCUCAGCGGACGUAAAUUUCGAUCCAUUUGACGUUACCUGCGUCAAAGUCGAUCAACCUAUCUUUAGCCUGCUGCAUUAUUUCCUUCGGGUGUUUCACCCCAAUGUAUGGCAUCUCGAAAGGACCGUCCAGACCGACCAUGAAUAUGCAUUUCGGUAUGACGCCAUGAGUGUUGUUCAAGGAUGUCUUCAUGACAAAUACAACAUGUUCGCCCUACUCGCCUACAUGGCAAGUUACAUGCAAGACAUCGACGGUAUUCCGCCACCUGGGGACAGUGCUCUCUAUAUACAUCAAGCGCUCAAAGCUUCCCAGAACUACGUCAAGAGUCGGCAACCAAUCACGGGGAGGAUGAUCUUCAAUAUCUUCGCCAUGGGAUGUGCGGAAUGGUACAGAUAUAAUCGUGAGGCUGCUUACGUCCACCUGAAGGCGGCAAAGUCCAUGAUCGACUCAAUCGGAGGUUUAAAGUCCCAAGAUGGCCCUCUUGUGGACCUUUUAUUGACUGGCGAUGCGUAUGUGGCUGCGGAGCUGCAAACCAAACCGCUAUGGUCUGAUUCUGAUUUCGAUAACGGCGAUGACCACCCGAUGACAGCAUACGCUCUCCAAGAGCUGCAGAAGCUUCUCUCAGGGACGGUCAUCAUCGGGUCAGGUCUCCUCAACUCUGCCCAGCAACAGAUUAUUCCCGCUGCCUUGCGGUGGAUAAUCUUGGAUCUUGCCGUUGUCCUUUCUGUCUACAAGUCCUCGCCAUCUGCGGCCGAAGAUCAACCCUAUGGAGGGCUGCACUGGGUUCAUGUCCGCAGCAUUGCCAUCAGACACCGUCUACUGCAUUUAGAACUUGCCGAUCCAAGAAGUGACGCAGUCCGCACUGCGAUAGUGCUGUGGAUGCUCUUGGCCUUUACCGUUACCGGACGAAAACGGACAGCCAAAGUCGUGGCGCCUUUCUUACGAGACCAAGUUCGCUCUGUACCAGAGGGACAAUGGGGUGGUCAUGAAGAAGUCCAUCUGUGGGUUUUGAGCAUCGGCGCUCUGUCUGCUCCAGUGGGCACCGAAGACCAUACAUGGUUUGAGGCUCAAAUCGGCUCUCUGUCUAUUGGAAGAGCCGCUGAUGCGGACAGGAUCUUUGCGACUCUCAUCGCUCUGUCGGAGAGGUUCUUCUAUCUGGAGUUAGCUCAGAAGAACGAUGUCAGGGCUUUGGCUGAUGAUAUACACGACCUGCAGACAACAAGGAGGGAAUCAAACUCCAAAUGCGGAUCCCCCAGGCAAUAG